AUAUUUAUCAAAAUGCAAAGUGGGAUAGACAGCGACUCUGAACCAGAAAAAGAAGUUAUGGAUUCCACCAUCAUGUCCAGAAAAUCCCUUUACAAAUCAGGGGUCCCUCAGCUGGAGAUCCCAUUUGCAGUACAGAAUGUCAUCUCUAGGAUUGAGCAAGCACAGCUUCAUCGAGCCAGAGAGGCCAUUAACAUGCAGCUGGCUGACAUAAUGCUUAAUGUACAGCGGAUAAUAAAUCGCUACACUCUUGAUGAGAAUGUGCACUCUGGAAGAAAAAUAUCCAUUACAGAAUAUAAGAAACGGAGAGUAAAUUUCAUGGAAAAAAUAGUUACUUGUGCUAAGAAUGUUGAAAUUAGAGAAAAGACUCUUGUGUACGUACUGGCCUGGUUGGAAGAAUGGAAUGCAAUUUUGUCUGAGAUGACUGCAACUGAUAUUGAGGAACACCACCACUGGAUAGCACAAAUGGAGUUUUUACCAGAAAUGUUCAAAGCUAUUGAGAACAAUGUCAAGUUACUGUGUAGAAUUAGUGUAUUUUUGUUUGAAGAAAAGAAGAGACAAAGGAGAAAAACGGCAUCUAGAAGUACUCUAUGGAAAUCUUGGAAAGAAAGAGUUAUAAAGCGACCUGCAACAGCUCAUGCUUUAAGACCAGAUCAGAUGAUCAGUGAUGAAUUUGCAACAAAUACAAAGGUUUCAGAAAUCCAAGAUAUGCUACAGGAACUCAUAAACACUAUGAUGUUCAAUAAAUUGGAAAACAAUGCUAUUAAAUAUAUAUCAUCAACAAUAAUAAACCUUUCUAAGGCUUUGGGUAUAAUAAAUGAUGAACUAAAAAUUUUUAACCUCCAGAGUGCCAAUAUGUAUAUAAGUGAGACAAGUGAAAAGGAAAAAGAGCUCUCCCUGAAGAUAAUGCGAGAGCUCAGUGAAAAAAAUGAAAUGCUUCAGCAGAAACUUCAAGAAGCAGAAGAAAAAUAUGAACAAUUUAUUCGGUCCAAAAUUGUUGUAGAACCCCAAGUAGGUAUAGCAUUACCCACAUCAACCUUGAAAGUGUUGCCUGAGCUUUCUUCACAAUCAACCACUAGCAAAGCUGACAUAGAAGACAAUAUGGAUGAUAUGUUGGUUAAAGAACUUGAAGAUAUCACAGAUGAGGCCCAAACAAAAGGGACCAAAGGCUUGGGGAUCAAGUGGGACUCAACUAUUUCAUAUAGAGCCCCAGCUGAAAUGACUCCAGAUUUAACUGAAGAGCAAUAUCCUUCACUUAAAAAAAAGCAAAGAGAGUCUUCUGAAGGUAUCACUGAAGAUAAGAUAUCACAGAAGAAAGGUGAUGUCUAUAGGAAAGAUGGAACUGACCAGUAUCAAUCACAGAAAAAAAAGCGAACUAAAGGCCCAUAUAUGCAUGAGACUUCUGGAUUUAAUGUGAGUGAUGAUAAAGGUAAAGAGAAAGACUCAGAGACCAAACUUGAUUACCAUUUGGAGCUACAGUCACUGGAAAAGAAGAGAAAAGAAAUAAAAUCCUUUUCUGAGGACAAAUCAAAGUCAUCCACUGAAUCAAGAAAACCAAGAAGUGAACAUGUCCCUGCUGAUGACCCUUCUACUGACACAAAAAGCCAAGUUGGCAGAAAUGGAACAAGUAGUUUAUGGGAACAACUCAGGAAGCUCAAACCUGAGUAUUCACAUUACAAAAGCCAGAUUUCUUCAGAGAGUAAAGAGGAAUCCACCACUGAGUCAAUGGACAAAGAGAGCAAAAGUGAGACGAGCAGCCAGGCAGAGCAAUUUGGGUUUACCCAACUUGGUAAUUCCUCUGAGAAAGUGAAAACAAAAGGAAAGAAACACCAUGUCUCUCCAGGAACCACCACAAGCAAAGAGGGAAAACUUGAAGAGGACAUAUUAGUAACCAAGAAAGUCAAGUCUCAUAGACCUGUGAAGCCCAAAUCUAGGGUAACAGAAGAGAUUUCAGAAUCUACCAGAGUUCCAGGAAGUCUAGACGGCAAAAGUGAAGAGAGUAACCUAGAAGAAUUUCAAAAAGCUGUAAUGGCUUUCCUAAAAGAGAAAAUUGAUAACGUAGGAAAGCCUUUGGAUAAAAAUACUGUGCCAAAAGAGGAAUUAUUAAAAACACCAGAGGCUGAAAAAUUAGGAAUCAUAAGGGAAAAAAUAGAGGAAUAUUUCCAAAGCGUAGGUGAAACUGUGACAAAAACCUUGAGGAAGUAUAAAGAUAUAAAAAGUGCAGGACAGGUUGGAGAGAAACCUUUGAAACAAAAAAAAGAAGUCUCAUUUAUGCCAGGAUUACAUUUUCAGAAGUCCACUAGUGCAAAGUCUGAAAUUAGCACCUUACUGUCAUCUAAGAGCAAGGAUCCACUAACUGACAAUUUAAUACAAACGAUCUUGGCUGAACUAGAAGGGAAAAGAGAUGCUCUAGUGGCCUCAACGGUAGGGAGAGACGGCAUGGAAAGGCAAAAACAAAGGCGGGAGAAACAUUUGCAAGAAGGUCCAGAAAAAAUAGUUGGUAAGCGUCUCAAACACCAGUUGCAAGAAGGGAGUUUCUGGAAGAAACUGCAGGAGGAAGAGUCAUGGCUCCAGAGGAAGGGAGGAAAGCAAGGACAACGGAAGCAGAAACAGUGGCAGAAAAUGUGGAAGGAAGAGCAAAAACAGAGCAUGCAAAAGCAGACUGAGCAAGAUGAGGAGCAAACGCAAAGAGAAGAGGAAGAUUAUCAGAAGCCAAAACAGCAGCAGCUGGAAGCAUGGGAUAAAAAAAUGGAAAAACAAAUGGUGCCCUUGGAGAAGGAGAAGGGACAGCAGAAGAGGGAUGCUCAGAAGGUAGUGAGGUAUCAAGAGCUGGAAAUAAAUUGGGAGAAAGAGGAGAAGCAGGAGCCAUGGAGAAAUGUAGAGGACCAUGAAAGACAGAGGCAGAAAGAAACAAAGGAUCAGAUGAAGGUUAAGGAGAUAAACUCUGAAGAACAAGAAAAGAUGUUCGGCCAAACUUCAAUGACAUUGUCUCCCCCGUGGAAGAGCAUACAGAAACUAGCACCCCAGUUACAUCAAAGAAAAGAGUUCCAGAGUCAUCUUAAGGCAUUAGACAUUCUUGCUGAUGGGAAGCACCCUAUACCAAUCACUCCUCCUUCCACACAAUCACCCUCACCCGAGGCCAUUCCAGUUUCUGGACAGUCUCCCACAAAGUUCCUCACUCUAACUCCUAAACAGGCCCAGGCACUGGGGAUCACGCUCACCCCUGAACAGGCCCAAGUACAGGGAAUCACUCUCACCCCCCAGCAAGCCCAGGCACUGGGGAUGACUCUCACCCCUGAGCAGGCCCAAGCACAGGGGAUCACUCUAACCCCUCAGCAGGCCCAGGCCCUGGGGAUCACACACACACCUGAGCAGGCCCAGGCACAGGGGAUCACACUCACCCCUCCACAGGCCCAGGCAUUGGGGAUCACACUCACACCUGAACAGGCCCAAGCACAGGGGAUCACUCUCACUCCCCAGCAGACUCAGGCACUGGGGAUCACUCUCACCCCUCCACAGGCCCAGGCACUAGGGAUCACACUCACACCUGAACAGGCCCAGGCAUUGGGGAUCACGCUCACCCCCGAACAGGCCCAGGAACAGGGGAUCACUCUCACUCCCCAGCAAGCCCAGGCACUGGGGAUGACUCUCACCCCUGAGCAGGCCCAGGCACUGGGGAUCACACUCAUAGCUGAGCAGGCCCAGGCAAGGGGGAUCACACUCACCCCUGAACAGGCCCAGGCAUUGGGGAUCACACUCACCCCUGAACAGGCCCAGGCACAGGGGAUCACACUCACACCUCCACAGGCCCAGGCAUUGGGGAUCACUCUCACUCCCCAGCAGGCCCAGGCACUGGGGAGGACUCUCACCCCUGAGCAGGCCCAGGCACUGGGGAUCACGCUCACACCUGAGCAGGCCCAGGCAUGGGGGAGCACAUUCACUCCUCCACAGGCCCAAGCACCAGGGAUCCCUCUCACCCCCCAGCAGGCCCAGGCACUGGGAUUCACCCUCAUUGAUGAGCAGGCACAGACACAAGGGAUAAUUCUCACCCCUCAGCAGGCCCAAGAACUGGGGUUCGCCCUCACUGAGGAGCAGGCACAGGGGAUCACUCUCACCCCUGAACAGGCCCAGGCACUGGGGAUGACUCUCAUCUCCCAGCAGGCCCAGGCACAGGGGAUCCCUAUCACUUCUAAGCAGACCCAGGCACAGGGGAUACCCCUCACACCUCAGCAGGCCCAGGCACUGGGGGUCACUCUCACCCACCAGCAGGCCCAGGCCCAGGCCCAGGGGAUCACUCUCACCCCUGAGCAGACCCAGGCACAGGGGAUCCCUCUCACCCCCCAGCAGACCCAGGCCCAGGGGAUCACUCUCACCUCCCAGCAGGCACAGGCACAGGGGAUCCCUCUCACACUUCAGCAAGCCCAGGCACUGGGGGUCACUCUCACCCCUCCACAGGCCCAAGCACAGGGGAUCCCUCUCACCCCCCAGCAGGCCCAGGCACAGGGGAUCCCUAUUACUUCUGAGCAGGUCCAGGCCCUGGGGCUCACACUCACUCCUGAACAGGCCCAAGCACAGGGGAUCACACUCACACCUCCACAGGCCCAGGCAUUGGGGAUCACGCUCACCCCCGAACAGGUCCAAGCACAGGGGAUCACUCUCACCCCCCAGCAGGCCCAGGCACUGGGGAUCACUCUCAGCCUGGAGCAGGCCCAGGCACAGGGGAUCACACUCACACCUGCACAGGCCCAGGCAUUGGGGAUCACGCUCACCCCUGAACAGGCCCAAGCACAGGGGAUCACACUCACACUUCCACAGGCCCAGGCAUUGGGGAUCACGCUCACCCCCGAACAGGCCCAAGCACAGGGGAUCACUCUCACCCCCCAGCAGGCCCAGGCACUGGGGAUGACUCUCAGCCCAGAGCAGGCCCAGGCACAGGGGAUCACACUCACACCUCCACAGGCCCAGGCACUGGGGAUCACGCUCACCCCUGAACAGGCCCAAGCACAGGGGAUCACACUCACACCUCCACAGGCCCAGGCAUUGGGGAUCACACUCACCCCCGAACAGGCCCAAGCACAGGGGAUCACUCUCACUCGCCAGCAGGCCCAGGCACUGGGGAUCACUCUCAGCCCAGAGCAGGCCCAGGCACAGGGGAUCACACUCACACCUCCACAGGCCCAGGCAUUGGGGAUCACGCUCACCCCUGAACAGGCCCAAGCACAGGGGAUCACUCUCACCCCAAAACAGGCCCAGGCACUGGGGAUCACUCUUACCCCUGAGCAGGCCCAGGCACAGGGGAUCACACUCACCCCUUCACAGGCCCAGGAAUUGAGGAUCAUGCUCACCCCCGAACAGGCCCAAGCACAGGGGAUCACUCUCAUCCCCCAGCAAGCCCAGGUACUGGGGAUGACUCUCACCCCCCAGCAGGCACAGGCACUGGGGAUCCCUCUCACCCCGCAGCAGGCCCAAGCCCAGGGGAUUCCUCUCACACUCCAGCAGGCCCAGGCACAGGGGAUCACUCUCACACCCCAGCUGGCUGAGGCACUAGGGAUGGCUCUCACCCCUGAACAGGCUCAGGCACUGGGGAUGACACACGACCCCCUGCAAGCCCAGGGACUAGGGGCCACACUCAUUCCGGAGCACGCCCAGGCACAAGGGAUAACUCUCACUCCCCCGCAGGCCCAGGCACUGGGGAUCAUGCUCACCCCUGAGGAGGCUCAGGCACUGGGGAUUACUCUCAUCCCCCUGCAGGCCCAGGUAUCGGGGAUCACUCUCACUCCUGAACAGACCCAGGCCUUGGGGAGCACUCUCACCCCACAGCAAGCCCAGGCACUAGGGAUCCCUCUCACCCCUCAGCAGGCCCAGGCACAGGGGAUGACUUUCACUCCUCAGCAGGCCCAGGCACUGGGGAUCACACUCACACCUCCACAGGCCCAGGCAUUGGGGAUCACGCUCACCCCUGAACAGGCCCAAGCACAGGGGAUCACACUCACACCUCCACAGGCCCAGGCAUUGGGGAUCACACUCACCCCCAAACAGGCCCAAGCACAGGGGAUCACUCUCACCCCCCAGCAAGCCUGGGAAUCGGGGGUCUCUAUUACUCCAGAAAGUCCCUGGUUGUCAGCUGUCCCUCGUACCCCUGAACAAACCCAAGGUUUAGGUGCCCCUCUCUCCUUAGAACAGGCUCAAGCAUUAGGGGUUUCUUUCUCUCCAGAACACUUCCGGAAAUCUGGGGUCCCUUUCACCUCAGAUAAAUUCCGUGGUAUAGAAUCUCCCCUUGAGCAAGUGCAAACUUUGGGAGCUCCCUUCAUCCCAGGACAAUCCCAUCCCAUGGGUAUUACUCUCAUGUCUGAGGAGGACCAACAAUCAAGGGAACAGCCCUCACCGCUUGGGCCCCAACCUACUUUAGAACAUACCCUGAAAGCUGGGAUCAUUCCUGUUACUGAUAAACCCAUUACACCAGGUGGUCCUCACAUUUCUAAGCAGUUCCCUACAUUGGCUCCUUCCGGUCUUAGAUCUUUUCAAAGAUUGAAGGCUUCUGUCCUCCCUGGGGAAUCCUUUACAUCAAGUCCUAGGCAGGCCCCAACAUCUGCUCCUAUUGCUGAGAAGUCCUCUGUAUUUGAGGUCUCUCCUACUCCUUUGCAGGUAUCAGGGUCUCCUCUUUCCCAAGCCCCUGGGAAAUUGCUAGGAAUGAGAAUUCCUUCUGACUCUGGGAAGCUUCUGGUACCACAGACUUUUCCUUCCUCUAAACAGAUCCUGGUUUCUGAAGGGCAAACUGUUCAGUUUGUAGCACCAGAGGUCCCUCUGGCCUCUGGGAAGCUUGCACCGGAGACCCUUCUUAGUUCUAGAAAGUUCUUAAGAGACUCUUGGACUCCUCAGCUACCUCUGAUAUCAGAGGCCCCGCUUGCCCCCAGGAAGCCCCUUAUAUCUGGAGUUCCACUCUCCUCCCCCCAGUUUUCUACUCUUUUGGCUCCUCUUUCCCCUAGGAAGCCCUUGGUUCCUGGGACUUCUUCCGUCCUGGAACCUAGACCCUUAACACUUUCUGAGAAGCCCCAGGCAUUCCAGCUCCCUGCUAUCUAUGAGCAAUCUCUCUAUCCACAAAUCCCUUCUACUCUUGAGCAGCAUCAAACUUUCCCACUGGGGAUCCCUCCCACCCCUGGGCAUCCUCCAACACUAUGGACCUCCUUAACCCCUGGAAAGCCCCAGAAAGAUAUGUCCUCUUCUAUAGCUAAGGAAAGUAAGGAAAGAUUGGCAAUUAUUUCUUCUCUGAAAUCUAAAUCAGUCCCUUUUACUGCUAAGAACUUCCAAAUAUCAGGGAUCUCUGAUACUUCUGAAGAAUUCCAGACAUGCCAUGAUCCUAUUGCCACAGAACAAUAUAGAACAUUUCAGUCCUAUCUCACCGAUUACAGGACACCAAUAUCACACACCCCUUACGUUGGUGGGAGGGCCCUUCCCCCUCUCGUGAAGUCUCUUUUUACUAAACUGCCCAAAACGUCACAGAUCUCAUCUUCUGAAUGGGACCAGAAAACCCAGUUCCCCCCUAUAGACAAGUCCUGGAUACUGACUUCAGAUUCAGUUACCAAGAAACCCAAGAUAAUGCCCCCUUUCUCUCCCCAAGAACUCAAAGAGCAGAGGUAUUUUGUUGAUGUGGAAGCUCAGAGAAAGAACCUGGUACUCUUAAAUCAGGCCACAAAAUCUUCUGGACUCCCUUCACAGCUACACACAACAGCUAGGAAUCUCAUAAUUGAGACACUUCAUACAGACACAGUUCGGCUGGGAUACCUAUUCCGCAAGUACAUUGCUUACAGGCUGAUCCAGCGUGCAAGAAACAACAUAAUCAGACGAUUACAAGCCCUCCAAAACACUGGGAAAGGUUAUGAGACCCAGAACCUCUUCAUACUGCUAAACAGAAUUGAUGACUACCAGAAAAAGAUUAUGCAGGUCUGGACCAACAAACAGAAGUCUUUAGAGCAGAAACGGAAUCAGUGCCUGAGGAAAAUGAUGUUAUUAUUUAGCCAGCUUCAAGAGAUGUAUAAAUUGAAUCUUAGUCGGCCCAUACCUUUGAUCACUGACAAAAAGGAGAUACCUGCCUCUGCCAAAUUUGUUCAGCAGCCAUUCCUAGAGCUGCUAAUAGAAGAAGAUAGAAAGUAUGACACAUUCAAGAAAUUACGACAAGAAGACCAAAUGAGAGCUAUCUGGAAUGCUGAUCUGUCAACUUCAAGCUACCCAAUAGCAGAGAAGACAUCAAUACAUUCGCUCUGGGCCCAGUUGGGUGGGUACCCAGAUAUUCCUAUGCUACUCCAGUUAGAUGUUCAGUCUACCUUCAGAAAAUCUCUCGCAUCCGUUAAAUCACAGUUUAAGAAGAUUCCCAAGUGACUGUAAAAUUAAACACAAGCAAGUAAAUUCCAGUGCUGCAGUAAAAUUCCUACUUUGCUCUU